AGACCACCGUUUAUGCCUCCUCCCAUGGGCAGCAUGCCACCACCUCCGGGUAUGAUGUUCCCCCCAGGGAUGCCGCCUGUCACUGCCCCUGGCACACCGGCAAUGCCCCCGGCUGAGGAGAUCUGGGUAGAAAACAAAACUCCAGAUGGCAAGGUCUAUUUCUAUAACGCGCGCACACGCGAGUCGGCCUGGACUAAGCCAGAUGGGGUCAAAGUGAUUCAGCAGUCGGAGCUGACGCCGAUGCUGGCAGCACAGGCCCAGGCCCAGGCUGUCGGUGCCUCCACACCGACCACCAGCAGUCCUGCGUCUGCAGCGUCUCCUUCCACCUCCUCGAGCACUCAGUCCUCCACCACCUCCACCACCACCACCGCCACUUCUGUCUCACAGACGAUUUCCACACCUACCACACAAGACCAGACCCCGAGUUCGGGUGUUUCAGUUGCCACACCAUCAGUCAGUGUUUCAACCUCUGCUCCUUCUGCUACACCUGUGCAGACUGUACCCCAGCCAGUCCCACAGACAUUGCCUCCUGCAGUUCCUCAUGCAGUACCUCAACCAACUGCAGCAAUUCCUGCUUUUCCACCAGUAAUGGUACCUCCAUUUCGUGUCCCCCUUCCUGGCAUGCCUAUUCCACUUCCAGGUGUAGCAAUGAUGCAAAUAGUCAGCUGCCCGUAUGUAAAGACAGUCGCUACCACCAAGACCGGUGUCCUCCCGGGCAUGGCCCCUCCCAUCGUGCCCAUGAUCCACCCUCAGGUCGCUAUUGCUGCUUCUCCGGCGACACUGGCUGGGCCCCGCCCGGGUGGAGCCACAGCCGUCUCCGAGUGGACAGAGUACAAAACAGCAGAUGGAAAGACUUACUAUUAUAACAACAGGACUUUGGAGUCAACAUGGGAAAAACCCCAAGAACUGAAAGAAAAAGAAAAAAUGGAAGAGAAGAUUAAAGAGCCAAUUAAAGAACCCACAGAAGAGCCUUUACCCAUGGAGACAGAAGAAGAAGAGCCAAAAGAAGAACCUAUAAAAGAACUUAUAAAGGAGGAGCCUAAAGAGGAAGAAAUGACUGAAGAAGAAAAAGCAGCUCAGAAGGCCAAGCCAGUGGCAACUACUCCUAUUCCUGGAACUCCAUGGUGUGUGGUGUGGACUGGUGACGAGCGUGUGUUCUUCUACAACCCAACCACUCGUCUUUCCAUGUGGGACCGACCAGAUGAUCUCAUUGGAAGAGCCGAUGUGGACAAAAUUAUUCAAGAACCCCCACAUAAAAAAGGAAUGGAAGAAGGAAAAAAACUUAUUCGGGAAGAGCACGAAACUGCAGAGGAAGCAAACGACGACGAGCCCAUCAAAAUUAAAAAGCGCAAGAAAGAUGAUAACAAGGAUAUUGACUCGGAGAAGGAGGCUGCUAUGGAAGCUGAAAUCAAAGCUGCUCGAGAGAGAGCCAUUGUUCCUCUGGAGGCUCGGAUGAAACAGUUCAAGGACAUGCUUCUGGAGAGAGGGGUUUCUGCUUUUUCAACGUGGGAGAAGGAGCUACACAAGAUAGUUUUUGAUCCUCGUUACUUACUUCUCAACCCAAAAGAAAGAAAACAGGUAUUUGAUCAGUAUGUGAAAACCCGGGCAGAGGAGGAGCGCAAGGAGAAGAAAAACAAAAUAAUGCAGGCCAAGGAGGAUUUCAAGAAAAUGAUGGAAGAAGCAAAGAUUAAUCCAAGAACUACUUUUAGUGAAUUUGCAGCCAAGCAUGCUAAAGACUCGAGGUUCAAGGCAAUUGAAAAGAUGAAAGAUCGAGAGGCCUUGUUUAAUGAGUUUAUCACAGCGGCAAGAAAGAAGGAAAAAGAAGACUCGAAGACCAGAGGUGAGAAGAUCAAAAUGGACUUCUUUGAGCUGCUGGCUAAUCACCACCUGGACAGUCAGUCUCGCUGGAGCAAAGUGAAGGACAAAGUCGAGACUGACCCGCGUUACAAAGCGGUGGAUAGCUCCUCGCAGCGGGAGGACCUGUUCAAGCAGUACAUCGAAAAAAUAGCCAAGAAUUUAGAUUCUGAGAAAGAGAAGGAGCUGGAAAGACAAGCUCGCAUCGAGGCCAGUUUGCGAGAGCGAGAAAGGGAAGUGCAGAAAGCUCGCUCGGAGCAAACCAAGGAAAUCGAUCGCGAGCGAGAGCAGCACAAACGGGAAGAAGCCAUCCAGAACUUCAAAGCGCUUCUGUCCGACAUGGUGCGUUCUUCAGAUGUGUCCUGGUCUGACACCCGAAGGACUCUACGCAAAGACCAUCGGUGGGAAUCUGGGUCCUUGCUAGAAAGAGAAGAGAAAGAGAAACUCUUUAAUGAACACAUUGAAGCACUUACCAAAAAGAAGAGGGAACACUUUAGGCAACUUCUGGAUGAAACCUCAGCGAUAACUUUAACAUCAACAUGGAAGGAAGUGAAAAAAAUCAUUAAAGAAGAUCCCAGGUGCAUUAAAUUUUCUUCGAGUGACAGGAAAAAGCAAAGGGAGUUUGAGGAAUACAUUAGAGACAAAUACAUUACUGCCAAAGCUGACUUCCGAACGCUACUGAAAGAGACCAAAUUCAUAACCUACAGAUCCAAAAAGUUGAUCCAGGAGUCAGAUCAGCACCUGAAAGACGUAGAGAAGAUCCUGCAGAACGACAAGCGAUACCUGGUGCUUGACUGCGUGCCGGAGGAGAGGCGCAAACUCAUCGUGUCCUAUGUCGAUGACCUGGACCGUCGAGGCCCCCCUCCACCACCCACCGCCUCGGAGCCUACGAGACGAACAACAAAAUAGCUACGAAAUACUCUCAAGCCAAGGGUAUCUGUUAAAUCAAAAAGCUUGCAUGAGCCAUCUGUCAGGUUUAUACAUACACAUUACCGUGAAAAUACUGCAAAACCAUCUGAGGAGCAGAGGAAGAAGCAGCAUUUGUGAACAUGAAAUGGUCUCGGGGU